AAGAAAAAGGCGACCAUGGUGAAGGAACAAUGAGAGGCCGAUGUGGCCAAGAAAAUAAGCCAUGUUACCUUCGGGUUGUUGAAUUCCCACCAAAUGCAGCAGAUGUCUCAUUUACAUGUAGUCAGUAAAACCCUUUACAAUCAAGAUGGUAGUCGAAAACCUGUGCCAAAUGGUGUACUGGACCAUAAGAUGGGAACAAGUGAGAAAGACAACAACUGUGACACAUGUGGAAAGGGACUGGCAGAUUGUACAGGACAUUUUGGAUACAUUGACCUUGAGCUACCUUGCUUCCAUAUAGGAUACUUCCGAGCAAUUAUCAAUGUUCUACAAAUGACAUGCAAGGAAUGCAGUGGAAUUCUGCUCCGUUCCGAGGACAAGACACAUUUUUUAGAGAGCAUCAAGCGACCACUCACCUACCUCCAAUGCAAAGCAAUGAAGAAAAAGAUCUACGAAAAGUGUAGGAAGGUGUCCAUUUGUCCAUCUUGUGGAGCAUACAAUGGUAUGGUGAAGAAGUGUGGUUUACUGAAAAUCAUCCAUGAUAAGUAUAAAACUGGCCACAAGGGUAAUGAAAUCAUCCGUUCAGACUUCCUGUCAUCCUUUCAAGAUGCAGUGGAGCAUGACAAGGAGAUAGAGCCCCUCCUGAAUAAAACACAGGUUAUACUCAAUCCUGUCAUGGUGCUGAAGCUGUUCCAGAGAAUUUCUGAUGAGGACAUGCCGCUGUUGAUGAUGAACUCAGAUAUUGCUCGACCUGAAGACCUCAUCCUAACAAGAGUUUUAGUGCCACCCAUUUGUAUUCGGCCAUCUGUACUGUCAGACCUUAAAUCUGGAACUAAUGAAGAUGAUAUCACAAUGAAACUGACUGAGAUAUUGUUCCUUAAUGAUGUCAUUCAGAAACACAAGGCUACAGGAGCAAAGAUGUAUAUGAUUAUGGAAGACUGGGACUACCUACAACUACAGGUGGCAUUGUUAUACAACAGUGAGACAUCAGGCAUACCUAUACAUAUGCAGCCUAAGAAAUCUACAAGGGGUUUUGUACAAAGACUGAAAGGGAAACAGGGUCGUUUCCGUGGUAAUCUGUCGGGCAAACGAGUUGACUUCUCCGGCAGAACUGUGAUUUCCCCCGAUCCCAACAUGAGAAUAGAUCAGGUUGCUGUACCAGUACAUGUCGCAAAAGUGUUGACGUACCCAGAGCGUGUCAACAAAGCCAAUAUAAAGAUGCUGCGUAAACUGGUAAAGAAUGGAUGUGACAUCCAUCCGGGGGCUAACUUUAUACAGCAGAGGAACCACAUCAAAAGAUUUUUAAAAUACGGAAAUCGAGAAAAAGUUGCAAAGGAGCUCAAGUAUGGUGACAUUGUAGAACGACAUCUGAUAGAUGGUGAUGUUGUACUGUUUAAUCGACAGCCUUCACUCCACAAGCUCAGUAUACAGGCUUUUUAUGCAAAAGUUAUGCCCCAUCGGACAUUUCGCUUCAAUGAGUGCUGUUGCAACCCUUUCAAUGCAGAUUUUGAUGGUGAUGAAAUGAAUCUUCAUCUGCCGCAGACAGAGGAAGCCAAGGCCGAGGCAAUCACUUUGAUGGGGUCUAAAGCUAACAUCAUAACACCGAGAAACGGAGAACCGCUGAUAGCUGCUAUACAGGAUUUUAUCACAGGUGCCUACCUCAUUACCCAGAAAGAUGUGUUCUUUGAUCGGGCUCGAACCUGUCAGUUGAUUUCAGCCAUGUUGUCAGGGACAGACAGUGACAUGAAGAUAGAUUUACCUCCUCCAUGUAUCAUAAAGCCCUGCAAGUUGUGGACUGGCAAACAGAUAUUUGGCGUACUGUUACGACCAAAUAAGAAUUGUCCAGUGAAGGCCAAUCUUCGUACUCGUGGGAAAAACUACUCAACAGGGGAGGAUCUCUGCUAUAAUGACUCUUUUGUUGUCAUACGUAACAGUGAACUAAUGUGUGGGUCAAUGGACAAAGGAACGUUGGGGUCUGGCUCCAAAAAUAAUAUCUUCUAUGUGAUUCUGAGGGACUAUGGUGAACAGUAUGCUGCCUAUGCCUUGGUUCGCCUGGCCAGACUCUGUCCAGCUUUCCUCAGUAACCGAGGGUUUUCCAUUGGUAUCGGGGAUGUAACACCAGGUGUUGGACUGGUCAAGGCCAAGAACCUACUUCUGGAGGAUGGAUAUUCAAAGUGUGAGAGUUACAUCCGUGACUUGGAUGAAGGACGACUACAGACACAGCCUGGAUGUAGUGAAGAAGAAACACUGGAGGCCUGUAUCCUAAAAGAACUGUCUGUAAUCCGUGACCAUGCUGGAAAAGCUUGUCUUCGAGAGCUACACAAGAGUAACAGCCCCCUGACUAUGGCCAUCUGUGGUUCUAAGGGAUCAUUCAUCAACAUUUCUCAGAUGAUAUCCUGUGUGGGACAGCAGGCCAUAAGUGGUAAGAGGACACCCAAUGGCUUCGAGGAUCGUGCUCUACCUCACUUUGAAAAGCAUGCUAAGGAUCCAGCAGCACGAGGUUUCGUUGAGAACAGUUUCUACACUGGUCUGACACCAACAGAGUUUUUCUUCCAUACCAUGGCAGGCCGAGAAGGUUUGGUUGACACAGCAGUCAAGACAGCAGAGACUGGCUACAUGCAGCGACGACUGGUGAAAUCACUUGAAGACCUGUGUUCCCACUAUGAUCUGACAGUAAGGAGUUCUACGGGAGAUAUCGUCCAGUUCCUGUACGGAGGUGACAGCCUCGACCCAGCUUGCAUGGAGGGCAAGGAUACACCCAUAGACUUCAAACGUGUGUUUGACCAUGUCAGGGCAAACACCAGAAGAAGUAGUCAAGGAGAAAAAGCACUCAAUGGUAAAACCAUUGUCCAACUGGUUGAACAGAAAUUAGCUACCAACAUGUUCCAGACCUGUAGUGCAGAAUUUAAGAAUGACCUUAAAAAAUGGCUGAAAAGUAUCAACAAAUCUAGACAAAAGUAUGGUAUUCUUGAUGAGCAGGAGCAGCGACUUCCACCAGUGCUCCUUGAGGUGGAGAGAGUGACUGAAACCCAACUUGACCAUUUCCUGUCCUGCUGUAAGCACAAAUUUAUGCGGGCCCAAAUAGAACCAGGGACAGCUGUUGGAGCUGUGUGUGCACAGAGUAUUGGGGAGCCAGGCACACAGAUGACCUUGAAGACAUUUCACUUUGCUGGUGUUGCUUCCAUGAACAUCACACAGGGUGUGCCUAGGAUUAAAGAAAUCAUCAACGCCUCAAAAAUCAUUAGUACACCCAUCAUCACAGCCCAGUUGGAAGUGGAAAAUGAUGCAGAAUUUGCACGAGUCGUCAAGGGUCGCAUUGAAAAGACAACUUUAGGAGAGGUGUCUGAAUAUAUGGAGGAAGUGUUCUUGCCAGAUGACUGCUUCAUAUUGAUCAAGCUUGACUUGGAAAGAAUACGCCUGCUCAAGCUGGAAGUCCAUGCAGACAGUAUCAAAUUUGCCAUAUGCAGCUCCAAGCUCAAGGUGAAACCACAGCACAUCCAGAUCCACAGUGAAGCUGUCAUUACAGUGAAGCCAAACGAAACUUCCAAGAGCUCAAUGUACUACGUUCUGCAGACACUGAAGAAGGAGCUGCCAGGUGUAAUGAUCAAGGGUAUACCAUCCGUGACUAGAGCUGUGAUACACAUAGACGAGGGUGAGGGAGACAAGUACAAACUACUGGUAGAGGGGGACAAUCUGAGAGCAGUCAUAGCCACACCAGGGGUAAAGGGUACCCACGUGUCGUCCAACAACACACUGGAAGUAGAAAAGACAUUGGGUAUUGAGGCUGCUCGUACCACCAUCAUGAACGAGAUCAACUACACAAUGUCAAGUCACGGAAUGAGUAUUGACAUCCGCCAUGUGAUGCUUCUAGCUGACCUUAUGACCUUUAAGGGAGAAGUUUUGGGGAUUACCCGAUUUGGAUUGGCCAAAAUGAAGGAGAGUGUCCUCAUGCUGGCUUCGUUUGAGAAGACAGCAGACCAUUUAUUUGAAGCUGCCUAUCAUGGACAGAAAGACACAAUCAAUGGUGUGAGUGAAUGCAUCAUCAUGGGCAUCCCGAUGGGAAUCGGCACCGGACUAUUCAAGCUACUACACAAAGCAGAGAAGAACGUGAAGCCGCGACGACGCCCACUUGUCUUUGACAGGACAGAGUUUCACCUUCCAGUAGUAUCCUGACAUGAGUGCUGUUAAAUAUCUCCGAGUAUUUUGUUAAGUUUGAUCAUGUUAAUGUUCUCUGAUGAUUGUGUACCAGAUAUUGAGUAUAUGUAUUUAUAUUGUCAAAAGCUCUGUUAUGACAACUAUUGAGUAUGAAGGAUAUUUGAGGCUAUAUUGGAUUGUUUCUAUUUCUUUUCUAAUUUCUGCUUGGCUUGGAAAAUAUUUUUGAUUUCGUUGAAUGUCGCUGAGCAGAGGAAAAAGGAACUAAAGCAAGUAAAUCCAGUGUAGUUUCAGGCAUCCUUAGGGAGAAGUAGAAGAUGUAUGUGGUGAGUCCAGGGCCUUUCAGAUGAAUGUACCGGUACAAUGUGUGUGGCAAGUCCAGGGCCUUUCAGAUGAAUGUACUAAUACAAUGUGUGUGGCGAGCACAGGGCCUUUCAGAUGAAUGUACCGGUACAAUGUGUGUGGCGAGCACAGGGCCUUUCAGAUGAAUGUACCGGUACAAUGUGUGUGGCAAGUCCAGGGCCUUUCAGAUGAAUGUACCGGUACAAUGUGUGUGGUGAGCCCAGGGCCUUUCAGAUGAAUGUACCAAUACAAUGUGUGCAAUGAGUCCAGGGCCCUUUAGAUGAAUGUUGGUACAAUGUGUGUGGCAAGUCCAGGGCCCUUUAGAUGAAUGUACCAGUACAAUGUGUGUAGCGAGUCCAGGGCCCUUUAGAUGAAGGUACCGGUACAAUGUGUGUGGUGAGCCCAGGGCGUUUUAGAUGAAUGUACCGGGACAAUGUGUGUGGCAAGUCCAGGGCCUUUCAGAUGAAUGUACCAAUACAAUGUGUGUGGUGAGUCCAGGGCCUUUUAGAUGAAGGUACCGGUACAAUGUGUGCGAUGAGUCCAGGGCCUUUCAGAUGAAUGUACCGGUACAAUGUGUGUGGUGAGUCCAGGGCCUUUUAGAUGAAUGUACCAAUACAAUGUGUGUGGUGAGUCCAGGGCCUUUUAGAUGAAUGUACCGGUAAGAUGUGUGCGAUGAGUCCAGGGCCUUUCAGAUGAAUGUUGGUACAAUGUGUGUGGCAAGUCCAGGGCCCUUUAGAUGAAUGUACCAGUACAAUGUGUGUAGCGAGUCCAGGGCCCUUUAGAUGAAGGUACCGGUACAAUGUGUGUGGUGAGCCCAGGGCGUUUUAGAUGAAUGUACCAGUAAGAUGUGUGCGAUGAGUCCAGGGCCUUUCAGAUGAAUGUACCGGUACAAUGUGUGUGGCGAGUCCAGGGCCUUUUAGAUGAAUGUACCGGUACAAUGUGUGUGGCAAGUCCAGGGCCCUUUAGAUGAAUGUACCGGUACAAUGUGUGUGGCAAGUCCAGGGCCUUUUAGAUGAAUGUACCGGUACAAUGUGUGUGGCAAGUCCAGGGCCCUUUAGAUGAAUGUACCGGUACAAUGUGUGUGGCAAGUCCAGGGCCCUUUAGAUGAAUGUACCGGGACAAUGUGUGCGAUGAGUCCAGGGCCCUUUAGAUGAAUGUACCGGGACAAUGUGUGUGGCGAGCACAGGGCCUUUCAGAUGAAUGUACCGGUACAAUGUGUGUGGCAAGUCCAGGGCCUUUCAGAUGAAUGUACCGGUACAAUGUGUGCGAUGAGUCCAGUGCCCUUUAGAUGAAUGUACCGGUACAAUGUGUGUGGCAAGUCCAGGGCCUUUCAGAUGAUUGUACUGGUACAAUAUGUGUUAUGAGUCCAGGGCCAUUUAGAUGAAUGUACCAGUAAGAUUUGUCUGAUGACUCCAGGGCCCUUUAGAUGAAUGUACCGUAAGAUGUGUGUGAUGAUUCCAGGGCCCUUUAGAUGAAUGUACCGUAAGAUGUGUGUGAUGAUUCCAGGGCCCUUUAGAUGAAUGUACCGUAAGAUGUGUGUGCAUUAUUAGAAUUCCAUUUCAAUGAGGUUUUGUUGUGUAAUGUUAAUGUGUGGGAUUGCGUGACAUUUCAGAUAACUUUCAGAUGUGUAAAAGAUCUGAUUUGAUAACUAGUCUAGGGUGUCUGCUACAUCAGACUUUCUUUGUGACAAGUAUCAGAUAUUAUAACAUGCAACAUUAUCACAGGUCUACAGUUUCCUCUGACUUUCACCAGACUGUUGAUGGAGAAGCAUGUGGCUUGACAGUGGGGGAAAGUCUGAUUCAAACAGACUCUCAUGUGCCUUCAAGCCAUCAGAUCAAGGAAGAGUUGGACCACAUUUUGAGUGUAUGGCAUGUCACAGCUUUGUCUUGAUAUGUGCGUAGUUUAUGUGAUAUUUACACUGACUUGUGGUUCAAGUGUGCAUGUUCUAUUAAAGUAAUGUUUCAGCUAUAUCAUAUAUUAACACUGUCACUGUUUAUUUAGGAAGGUUUUGAGUCAGAAUGAUAUAUGUGAGAAAGAAGUCAGAGUUUGCAAUAAAUCAGUAUAAAGACACAUAAAAUGGAAAUAAAGUUUGUAUUUAUAUU